AUGAAAGUCAUCGUCGUCGGAAGUGGGCUGGCAGGACCAGCAAUGGCCCUCGCGCUCAAACGACACAACAUAUCCUGCAAAGUUUUUGAUUUGCGCGACGAGGCUGCAUUUGACGGCGGCUUCGUGGCCCUGGCGCCCAAUGCGCUCCGCGCCCUCGACCGGAUCGGAGUGUACGACCGAAUCAGGACUCAGGGCUGGAACUAUGAGGAGUUCCGCUUCCUGUCGUCCAGGAACCUGAGCCGCAUCGGCACAGUGCUGAACGGCAGUCAGAGCCGAUACGGGUACAAGGCGCUGCGCGUGUCCCGGGGCAUCGUGCGGCAGACGCUGAUGGACGUUCUUCGCGAGCGCGACAUCGAGCUACACCUCAACGCCCGAUGCGUGCAGAUUGAAGAGACGGAUCACGCGACCGUCCUUGUCACGUUUGCCGACGGACACACCGAGGAGGCCGACUUCCUGAUCGGCGCCGACGGCAUCCAUUCGUGCGUCCGCACGUACGUCGCUCCCGACGCCGUGCCCACGUUCAGCGGCCAGAUCGGCGUCGGCGGGUCGCUUCCCAAGGCCAAGCUGCUGAUGCGGCCUGGCGAGGACAUGUACAUGCCGUGCUUGAUCCUGGGGAAGUUGAACUCGUUCAUGUUCAUGCCCACAUCCUACACGGGGGAUCGGGUGAGCUGUUUCGCGACGGUCGAGGCCAAGGACCGGAGUCGCCAGGAGUGGGCGAAGCUGCAAAACGACCAUGCCGCGCUGUACAAGAUGCUGCAGUCGCAUCACGAGAACGAGACGUGGCCCGAGAUUGUCCGCGUCGCCUCGCAAGGUGUCGAACUGUCCUCGCUCUCCUUGUGGCCCACCUCCGGCCGAGUCAUCAUCAUCGGCGACGCCGCCCACGCCAUGCCCCCCACCGGCGGCCAAGGUGCCGCAAUGGCAUUCGAAGACGCCCUGACCCUCGCCGACACUCUCGCCUCGCUAAAUAAACCCGAGUCAUCACGCGACCAAGACAAUCAACACCAGCAAGUCCUUCGCGAGUGGCAAACGGCCCGCAGAGCGCGUGUCAAGAAGAUCCUCGCCUUCACGUCCCGGGGCGGCGACAUGAGGAAGUCCUCGACCAGCACGUUCCGCCAACUGCUCAAGGAGUGGGUCAUGUGGGCGUACUUCCUGUUCGUGGGCAAGGACGCCGGGUUGUCGUGGAUUUACGAGUUUGACCCCCAAAAAGGUGCGGGUGCGGGCGCGGGCAGGGGUGGUCGUACCUAG